CCCAUUAUUUAUAUACUUCUCCAAUGGCGGCUGCUGAUCCCUCGCCGGAAUUCAUAUUCCGGUCAAAGCUCCCGGACCUCACCAUCCCCAACCACCUUCCCUUGCAUACAUAUUGCUUCGAAAGAAUCUCCGAAUUCAAACACAAUCCAUGUCUAAUCAAUGCCGCCACCGGUGACAUUUACACGUACGGUGAAGUCCACGUAACGGCCCGCCGAGUAGCCGCCGGCCUUCAUAAACUCGGUAUCGGAAAAGGGGACGUCAUCAUGCUCCUUCUCCAAAACACUCCACAAUUCGUUUUCGCUUUCCUCGGCGCUUCCUUUGCGUGCGCCAUCGCCACCAUGGCGAACCCGUUCUUCACGCCGGCGGAGAUUGGGAAGCAAGCGGCGUCGUCUGGCGCCAAGCUGAUCAUAACCCAAGCCGCGUUUGCGGAAAAAGUGAAAAUGCUGCCUCAGGAAAACCAGGGGAUUUUGAAAGUGGUAUUCAUCGACUCUCCACCGGAGGGUGGAUGUCAUUUUUCGUCGUUGACUGAUGAGGCAAAAGAGGAGGAAAUGGCGGAUGUGAAAUUCAGCCCGGACGACGUCGUUGCGUUGCCAUAUUCGUCUGGCACAACCGGCCUCCCAAAAGGAGUUAUGCUGACUCAUAAGGGAUUAGUGACCAGCGUGGCUCAACAAGUGGACGGCGAAAAUCCACAUUUCCAUAUCCGAAGUAACGACGUCGUUCUGUGUGUGCUUCCUUUGUUUCACAUCUACUCAUUGAGCUCGAUCGUGAUGACGUCGUUGCGAGUGGGAGCUGCGAUUUUGAUCGUCCAGAAAUUCGACAUCAAUUCCCUUGUGGCCUUGGUGCCCAAAUAUAGGGUCACCAUUGCUACGGUUGUACCUCCUAUUGUACUCGCAAUGGUCAAGAGUCCGGUUGUAGACCAUUCCGACAUGUCGUCCAUACGGAUCGUGUUGUCGGGAGCCGCACCGCUGGGGAAGAAUCUUGAAGAUGCCUUUAGAGCCAAGCUUCCCCACGCCAUUCUCGGCCAAGGAUAUGGAAUGACUGAGUCAGGAUCGGUGUUGACAAUGUCAUUGGCACUUGCAAAGGAGAGAUUCGCAAUCAAGUCGGGAGCUUGUGGGACUUUAAUGAGAAAUGCAGAGAUGAAAAUUGUAAACCCCGACACAGGAGUUUCUCUUUCAAAGAAUCAACCCGGAGAGAUUUAUGUUAAAAGUCCUCAAAUGAUGAAAGGGUACCUCAACGACGAGGAGGCCACGAAGGGUAUAAUCGACGAACACGGAUGGCUGCACACCGGCGACAUAGGGUUAGUUGACGACGACGAUGAGGUCUUCAUCGUCGAUCGUCUCAAGGAACUGAUCAAAUACAAAGGCUUCCAGGUAGCGCCGGCGGAGUUGGAAGGCCUGCUCAUUUCCAACGUCCACAUUGUCGACGUUGCGGUUAUACCUAUGAAAGAUGAAGUAGCUGGAGAGGUUCCUGUUGCGUUCAUUGUCCGGUCAGACGGUUCCAACAUCACCGAGGAUGAAAUUAAGCAAUACAUCUCCAAACAGGAACUCGUUUUGCAGUGCCGCCAAUGCAGCAAAGUACUAAAAAAGAAUAGGCUUGUAUGGAGAUUUAUAAAGCUGCCUAGCUUUGAUUUUGGAGUGGAAGCACUUCGCUUCUUUGGAUCACCGUGGCCAAAAUCCUCUCGUUCUCUGAUUGCCCAAAUGGAAAUGGUGCAUCAGGUUACAAUAUUAUUGCGCCCCAUCAUAUCAGAACACAGUACUACUUUAAACCCAAGUGUUGAAGAAGCCAUCAAAGAGAGGGUCACCACAAGCUUAAAGACAAUUGAGAAGAACUUCAGAUAAAACUCUACCACACUUUGGUUCGUGAGGGUGGGAUGGACAUAUAAAUGGAAGACACAACUGAAGAUGUUCUAACAACCUAGAUCCAUCGCUAGUAGAUAUUGUCAUUU